AGGUCAAGAAAAAUCGCCCUGAGCUACUUCAACGGACUUCCACGUGAGAAAGAUGGACCUCACUCUCCUCGCUGCUGUCUUCACCGUCCUGCUGGGGUUUUCAGCACAAAGCCACUCACUGGUGCGACCUCAUGACGAAGGUGUAGAUCCCGAUCCGUCUCAACGUUUGGACAUAACUUCAAGAAUCCUGGGAGCAAAUAGACGUGUGAGUCAAAUUCUGGUGGAAGGUGAUGUCGCAAUUUCUAAGACAAGGAAUGCCAUGAAAUGCUGGGACGGCUACUGCACGUGGAAGAAAUCCUACAGCGGACUUGUUGAAGUGCCAUAUACCAUCAGUGAUUAUUACUACGACAGCGAAAAAGCCUCAAUUCUGAAAGCCAUGGAAACUUUCCACCAGAAGACCUGUGUUCGCUUUGUUGCCCAUCGAGGCCAGACUGACUACCUGAGCAUCGAGAGUGAAUUCGGGUGCUGGUCCUCUGUUGGCAGAGACGGGGGACAUCAGGUGGUGUCUCUGUCCGUUUACGGUUGUCUCGAACACGGGACCAUUCAGCACGAGCUCCUCCACGCGCUGGGCUUCCACCACGAGCACACGAGGAGCGACAGGGACCGCUACGUCAGGAUUAAUUGGGGGAAUGUCCAAGCAAUGAAUAAGUAUGACUUUCACAAAGAGGACACCAACAACUUGAACACGCCGUACGACUACACCUCUGUGAUGCACUAUGGAAGGACUGUUUUCUCAACGGGAUUUGGAGACACCAUUACCCCCAUCCCAGAUUCCUCUGUGGCAGUUGGACAAAGCAAAGAAAUGUCUGACAUAGAUAUUCUCAGGAUCAAUCGGUUGUAUAGAUGCAAGAAUUAAAUGAAAGUAUUCAUUUAGGGUGUAGUAUAAAUCCACCAUUUUCUGUCUGAAAUGUAUGAAAACUUGAUUAGAAACCAUGAAGGUCUUACAUAUAUGAUACAUUAGCACAUUUUCUGUCUAAUAUUUGUUAAAAUAAAUUAACUUUUAAGAUUUAAA